AUGGAUAAACUCAUGGGUUUGUUCCCAACCUGUGGCAUUCAGGAUUUGGGAAAUGGCUCAGGGGCUGCAGUUGCAGCAACAACAUUUUUCCUUAGGUUCGUGCUGGAGCCCCUCCUGCCAAAAAAGAUGCAUUCUAGGUCGCAAGAUAAAUUGGACAAGGAUGACCUAGAUAAAGAUAAAAAGGAAAAGAAGAAGGAGAAGAGGAACAGCAAGCAUCAAGAGAUAUUUGAUAAAGAAUUUAAAUCUACUGAUAUUUCUCUGCAGCAGACUGAAGCAGUGAUCCUUUCAGAAACGAUCAGCCCCCUGAGGCCGCAGAGACCCAAGAGCCAGGUGCUGAACGUGAUGUCCAGCGAGCGGCGAUUCUCCGUGUCCCCGGCGCCGCCCAGCUCCCAGCUGAGCCCGCCCCCCAUCACCCCUCGGGCCAAACUCGCCUUCAGCAUCCAGCCCAAUCUGGAGCUGAAUGGGAUGUCCAGCUCUGACAUCCCCGACGUUCCCCCUCCUCUGCCCCUCAAAGGAAGCACGGCCGACUACGGGAACCUCAUGGAGAGCCAGGACCUGGUCAGCCCCACCACGUCCCCCCCUCACCUGCCUCCUCCUCUGCCCAGCAAGACUCCGCCGCCGCCGCCUCCCAAGACGACACGGAAGCAAACGUCUGUUGACUCUGGGAUUGUCCAGUGA